UUACGAAAAAUGCUGUCUAUCCUGCAUGUGUGAUAUACUUUUAGAUUUGCCUGAAUCAGAUUUAGUUUUGGCUGUCCUGGCUGGCACAAUGCUUAAGGCUUUAAGGGAACUUAACAUCUUAGCAUUACAACUACAUUGUAGUUUAUAAGUUAUGCCGUGGUCAGUUUUCCUGUAGCAAGUUGAAAGAACUGUAUUGGUGCUAUUGUGACUACAAAGACCUAGCUGACCAAGAUAUUUGUCCACAUCUGACGAGACCUCAAAGUUAUUUCAGCUGACCGUGACGUCUACUUAGAUAACUAAGGCUGUCGGUAUAAUCCCGUUAAAGCAAAAUGACACGUAGAAAUGUCGAUCUUCUCUUGAUUGGUAGAACCGGAAGUGGUAAAAGCUCAACCGGAAACUCUAUUCUGAAACGAAAUUUGUUUAGAAGUGUUACCAGCACCAAUUCAAUAACAAAGUUGAUAGAAGUAAAUUAUGCUGAAUACAAUGACGUCGUCGUCAAAGUCGUUGACGGACCCGGGGUGUUUAACACUGAGUUAUCCGAAAAAGAGUCUGUUAAAGAGAUUAACAAAGCUAUGGCUUCCGCCAUAGCAGCUAGUCCCAAGGGCUACCACGCUUUUCUUUUUGUGGUUAAGCUGGGUGAUAUGUUUACGAAAGAAUACGAAUUAACCCUAUAUGCGUUGAAAGACAUUUUUGGGGUUGACUUUUUAAAGAACUACGGUGUGUUGGUAAUAUCUAAUGGGGAUAAUUUUGAUGAGACUGAAAGUGGUUCCUUUGAGGAAUGGUGCGCUAAACAAAGUGGCUUUUUUCAUAAUCUUCUGGUGGACUGUGGCUAUAGAGCUGUGCUCUUUGAUAAUAAAACCGAAGAUCAGCAAAAGAAAGACCAACAGUUAAACAAACUGCUUGAGAUUGUUCAGACACUCAUUCCUAAUGGUCAAAGAUAUACUAAUGAACUUUUCCACUUAGCCAAAGAAGAGAGAGCUAAAAUGGAAGAGAAGUCGAAACUAGUGACCCACGGGGAAAGCUUAAAAGAAGCCAGCCUUAUCAUUCAAAAACUGGACCAUCCGAACCUAGAUGACCUGGAUACAACAAUGAACCGUUUCAGGGAGUUGCAGUCCAGGGCUGAAAAGUUACAGAGUAGGGUAGCUUAUCAUGACCGAUGCACAGGAACCCUUGCCGUCAUCGCACAGCACGUGACCCACAUUCAAGAGACAAUCCAGGAGCAUAUCGAGUGCUUGGAACGUGCCCAAGAAAUCCACAGCGAUCUGCUUCGAUUAAAUGCACAGAAAAAUAAUUUUAAUAAAAAAGAUGUAGAGGUGGCUGAAACCGAGAUGGCUGCUUUAAAGAAACGCAUGAAAAAGAAGUUGAAAGCGUUAGAGAGGGAACACAUGGACAUUAUCAGAAAAACGGUCAGCGUGUUUGCGGCGAUGGUUGAAGCAAAACUUUUAAAAAUGAUGGUCCCUGCAGCGACUCUAGUAGUGGUAGGAGCAGCAAUAGUUGGAUUCAUUGUUUUUUUUAAAAGCUAAAUAGGCUCUUGGGUAAUAGGGGAUCCAGGUGAAGUAGAUAGACAGAUAGUUUGAUAGAUAGGUAGAUAAGUUGAUAGAUAUAUAUAAACAGACAGACAGUCAGACAGAUAGAUAGAUAAAUAGACAGACAGAUAGAUAGAUAGAUAGAUUGGGUUAGGGUUUAUAUAAGUAAGGAUUAGGGUUUGGAUAAAAAAAAAACGCCCCCCGACCCCCAUCAAGCGUUUUGGAUCCACCAUUUUAUGGGAUACAAUAUAGAGCUAUAUUAACCAUAAUAACCAACAAUGACAUUUAACUUCUAUAUGCAUAAUCGCAAUGUAGUAUAUGUACAUGUGCUUAUUUUAUAAAAAUAUCUAUUCAUGUAUUAAUUGGUUAAUGUCUUUUGAAUAUUUAUUAGUUUCUUUUCAAUGUGUUAGCUCGUUAGAUUUGCCGUCAAGACAGUUGAGAAAAGGGGUUCAAUACAGCACUGUUCAGAAAAGGGGUUCAGAGCCCGGUUCACUACAGUCCUGUCGACUACAGCACAGUUCAGUGUGGUUCAGAGGUGUGGUUCUGUACGGCGCAUUUCGACGGUUCAGUGCUGAGUACUGUCAAGUACAGUUGAGACGAACGGCGUCUUGAUCUUUGUCUGUGAUCGAGUCCGACACAACGAGCCCAAUGUGUGAAAUCAGUCCUGAACUGUUGAACCCAGUGCAAGCCCGGAACGAGACAGAGAGGCCAGUGCAAAAGUUGAUACGGCGGAACGGUGUUAUCGGAGAGAUAUUUGUACAGUGUACGUGUUGCCAAUUGUACAGUAUUGGCUCAGAUUUAUUCAACUAUUAAAUUGUUACGUCACUUUGGAGCCCUGAGUUGUCAAGUUCUUUAAGUUGGUGUGAAAAAAAACCCAGUUCCAACAGACAGACCGAGAAAGUUGAUAUAAGCUUUUGUAAAAAUACAUUAUACAAUCACAAUAGUUAAUAGUUGAAAUAGAAUAUUUUAGUACAUGAUUUUGAAUUUUUGUUGAUGUAGCUAAUAAAGUCAAACACUUGAAAAAGAAGAGACAUACAAAGUUCUUUCUACAAUGUACAUCAAUAAACAAUUCGCUGAUAUAUUGUUUAGGAUUGUGAUUAGAUUAAUUUUGUGUACAACACUUGUAUUAACAGCCAGCAAGCAACAUGUCACUAAAGAUGUUAAAUUCGUCUAUGGAGUAGCUGUGAUUAAAGGAGACCCGAUCGGCGGAGACCACACCAGAUGUGUGCAGCCAUUAGCCUUGUAAUUCUUUUUUUGUUUUAAUGCACGUGACGAAUAUAAUACAUUGUUUUUGCUUUAUACUUUUGCUAUGGCGAACGGCUGUGCCAGGUAAAAUUAUAUAUUGCAGUAUCACUGUACUCCUAGCCAUGGCUACGCAUUCUGUACUCAAUAUUAUUCAUAUUUUCCUAUAAAUUUAUAUAAUUGCUGUAUUCUUUGUAGUUUACAUAUUUGUGCAUAACAUACGUAACAUACUUACAACUUGAAUGCAUUUCCUAGUUGUUUUUUCGUAAGAAGGCAAAAAUGACAUAAUUAAACAUUCAUUGCAUCAGUA